AUGGCCCUGAAAGCCGUGGAGACGUGGCUGGGCUGCGCGGCGGCCGCCCUGGCCGGGCCCCAGGCCUGCCCCGCCGUCUGCUCGUGCACUAACCAGCUGAGCAAGGUGGUGUGCACGCGGCGCGGGCUGGCCGAGGUGCCGCCGGGCAUCCCCGCCAGCACCCGCCACCUCAACCUGAUGGAGAACGGCAUCCGCCGCAUCCAGGCCGACACCUUCCGCCACCUGCGCCACCUGGAGGUGCUGCAGCUGGGCCGCAACGCCAUCCGGCAGAUCGAGGUGGGCGCCUUCAACGGCCUGGCCAGCCUCAACACCCUCGAGCUCUUCGACAACUGGCUCACCGUCGUGCCCAGCGGGGCCUUCGAGUACCUCUCCAAGCUGCGCGAACUCUGGCUGCGCAACAACCCCAUCGAGAGCAUCUCCUCCUACGCCUUCAACCGCGUGCCCUCCCUCAUGCGCCUCGACCUGGGCGAGCUCAAGAAGCUCAAGUACGUCUCCGAGGGGGCCUUCGAGGGCCUCUACAACCUCAAGUACCUGAACCUGGGCAUGUGCGGCAUCCGCGACAUGCCCAACCUCACCCCCCUGCUGGGCCUGGAGGAGCUGGAGAUGUCGGGCAACCACUUCCCCGCCAUCAAGCCCGGCUCCUUCCACGGGCUCAAGUCCCUCAAGAAACUCUGGGUCAUGAGCUCCCAGAUCAGCCUGAUCGAGCGCAACGCCUUCGACGACCUCACCGCCCUGGUGGAGCUCAACCUGGCCCACAACAACCUCACCUCUCUGCCCCACGACCUCUUUGCCCCGCUGAGGUACCUGGUGGAGCUCCACCUGCACCACAACCCCUGGAGCUGCGACUGCGACGUCCUGUGGCUCUCCUGGUGGCUGAGGGAGUACAUCCCCACCAACUCCACCUGCUGCGGCCGCUGCCACGCCCCCCUCCACUUGCGGGGCAAGUUCCUGGUGGAGGUGGACCAGACCGCCUUCCAGUGCUCGGCCCCCUUCAUCAUGGACGCCCCUCGGGACCUCAACAUCUCGGAGGGGAGGGUGGCCGAGCUCAAGUGCCGCACCCCGUCCAUGUCGUCGGUCCGGUGGCUGCUGCCCAACGGGACCGUGCUGAGCCACGCUUCCAACCACCCGCGGAUCUCCGUCCUCAAUGACGGCACGCUGAACUUCUCCCAGGUUCUCCUCACCGACACGGGGGUGUACACUUGCAUGGUCACCAACGUGGCGGGGAACUCCAACGCCUCGGCCUACCUCAACGUGAGCACGGCCGAGCUCAACACCUCCAACUACAGCUUCUUCACCACCGUCACGGUGGAAACCACCGAGACUUCGCCGGAGGACAUCUUCCCCAAGUUCACCAAGCCGGUGCCCACCACGUCCACGGGGUACCAGCCGGCCUACACGACCACCACCACCGUGCUCAUCCAGACCACCAAGCCGCCCCGGCAGGACCACCCUGCGUCCGACGUCAACGACAAGAUGCAGACCAGCCUGGACGAGGUGAUGAAGACCACCAAGAUCAUCAUUGGCUGCUUUGUGGCCGUGACGCUGCUGGCGGCGGCCAUGUUGAUUGUCUUUUACAAACUUCGCAAGAGACACCAGCAGCGGAGCACCGUGACGGCCGCCCGGACCGUGGAGAUUAUCCAGGUGGACGAAGACAUUCCGGCCUCGGCGGCCACCCCGGCCACCCCUGCAGGGACGGCGGGCGGAUCAGGUGAGGGGGCAGUUGUACUGCCGGCUAUUCAUGACCACAUUAACUACAAUACUUACAAAGCGUCCCACGGGGCCCACUGGACAGAAAACUGCCUGGGGAACUCGCUGCACCCCACGGUCACAACUAUUGCCGAACCUUAUAUAAUUCAGACCCACCCCAAGGAGAAAGUUCAGGAAACGCAAAUAUGACU